AAAAAAAAAGAAAAGAAGAAAUCCCGUGGAGGAGCAGCUGGAAAAGGCGUAACGAUUGUUUUUAAAUAUUCUAUCAACUGCACUGCCGGCAUAUUUUUGACAAACAAAUAAAAGAUAUGAUUUUACUCUAAACAUUAAACGAAAAAAGCCCAAAACCAGAAUAAAUACGUACAAACACCAAAAAACUCUUAUCGUACGCAAAGAUUCUUAUGAAAUACGCAAAAAUAAAAGACAAAAAAAACAACCGAAGUUGGAACGUUGAACAAAAUGCAAUCGUUCUGCUCACUUGCAAAGUACAUUUUACAUAAACUGUGAUUAUGAGUUCCACAAAAUCUCAAGUAGCCCUUGCUACAAAUAUUCCAACCAACUUAGCCUCCGCCUCAGCCACCUCCACUGCGGCCACCGCCGUUGUUGUUGUCGCCGCCGUUGCCAGCAACAACAGCAACUCAACGACGUCAUCAGCAACAGGAGCAGCAGCAACUGCGGCAGCAGCAGCAGCAACAACACCAGCAGCAGCAGCAGCAGCCACAACUCAAACAGUGGUCAGCAGCAGCAGCAGCAGCAGCAGCAACAACAACAAUAGCAACAGUAACGGUAACAGUAACAGUAACAGCAACUGCAACAACAGCAUCGAGGAAACAACACACAACGCCUCAAAUUUGGGGCGUCAAAACAGUUUUGGCAAUAGACGCGGAAAUAUGAAGGGCAAACAUCUCACACGCAGUCAUGCCAUGCGCGAGUCCACAUCGCCGCCACGCACGCCAACGCCGCGAGGCGCCUCCGAGCAGCACCUGCAGCAGCAGCAGCAAAAUCAGCAGCAGCACCAGCAGCACCCCAGCGAUGCCUACAAUGAGCACAACAACAACAAUGCCAUACUAAACAAUAACAAUAGCAAUAGCAAAGCACAAUCAACUGGACGCGGCAAUUCGCCGCUUAUGGAAACGCCCGCUCUGAUUGUUACUAGUCAGCAACAGCAACAAACCCAGCAGCAGCAACAACAACCACAACCACAACAUAACCAACACCAACAUCAACAGCCAUUAAAUGUGCCGUUGCGAGAUGAAGCCGAGUUUCCCAAAUUGUCACCCCCCAAGAAAUCUGGAGCUGGUCAUCACAAUCGCACCAACAGCAAUGGCAGUUCGGGCAUCGAAUACAACAACAAUAAUAACAACAACAACAACAAUAAUAAUAGCAACAGCAGCAGCAACAGUGGUAAUAACAAAAAGUAUGUGGUUGACUUGAAGGCUAAUGGUCUGGAUAAGCAUCACAAUAACAACAACAACAGCAACAAUAACAACAACAACUCCAGUGCGCUGCUCUACAAUUCAGGCAUGAACUAUAAGGCGGCGGAGCGUCAUGAGCGUCACGAGCGCCAUGAGAUGUCCAGCCAGAAUAGCAAUCUCAGCAACAGCAACCACGAGGAGGAGCAGUAUCAUUACGAACGGGGUGGCGGUGGAGGCGGCGGCGGUGGUGGUGGCGGUGGUGGUGGUAAAAAGCAUCGUGCCAACACCAAUUCGAAGGGCUCGAAGCCGCGCUUGAAGAAUUUAACUGGCAGCUCAUCCGGCAGCAUUGAUGGCGGCAAUGGAGGUGUUGGUGCUGGCGGCGGAGGUGGUGGAGGUAGUGGUGGUGGUGGAGGAGGUGGAAUGAACAAUUGCAGCGGUGGCGGUGGCAAUGCUCAAACGAAUAACUCGAGCAACAACACAUCGGGAUUCAUAUCGCGCGUCUUUCAUCAAUCAGAGAACUCGAGCGAACAGUACACGGACUAUGGCGGCACUGAUCUGUUGACCUUCUUUCGCGAUACGCUCAAUAAGAAUCCCAAGGAUCGAAAUAUCCUGAUGAAAAUUGAAAAGGAUCUGAUGGAUUUCAUUCAGGACAAGGGGCGUGACUGUGAGUUUCGCUUUCCGCCAACUUCCUCGUAUAAUCGAAUGCUAAUUCAUCGCACGGCUGCCUUCUUUGGCAUGGAGCACAACGUGGACUCGGAGACGCAACAGUGCGUCAUUGUGGCCGUCAGCAAGGGCACUCGCAUACCAGAGAUACGCUUCAAAUCGCUGGUACGUGUCGAUCAUCGUGAGGAUGCGCGCAAGUCAAUUUUGAAGCGGGAUACGCACAGCUUUGAUGAGGUGCGCCAAUCGCCGUAUCUCUGCCCGGAGCGUGUCAUGCUCGAUCGCAAGGCCAAGAGCUUUGAGGAACGCGAGGAGGACUAUGAUCGAGCGCGCAGUCGCAUCUUCAAUCGCACUGCCCAGCAGGAUGCGUACGAUGAGGAUUGCUAUGUCGGUGGAGGAGGAGGUGGCGGCGGCGGCGGCGGUAAUUGGCACAAUGCUGCUGAGCAGCAGCAGCAACAACAACAGCAACCGCCCAGGCCCAAGCGGCCCAAUGGCAAGAUGCUGCAGAUGCAGAAUUCGACCGAGUCCCGCGAUGGCGGCAGCAUGCGUUCCGGUGGCGCCGUGCCCAAGUCUCACAACUUUGGCAACUAUGGCGGUCCGCCGAGCACUGGUGGGCCUGGUGGCGGCUCUGUGCUCCCGCGCGGCGAUUCAACCACCUCGAAUAAGAGCGGACGUGGCGGAUUUACCAAGCAGGAUUCCACUGGCAGCACCAAUACGCCCUGGCGCCUGUCGCCCUCGAGCAGCGGCUACAAGACACGCACCCAAUCCGUGCGCUCCGAUUCGGUAACGCCGUCGCCCACUGGCUACGGCAGCGACAGGCAGACGCCGGAGUUCAGCCAGCCGCCGCCGUCGUCGCAGUCGGCGCAGGUUCAGUCCAAUCGGGGAAUGGGCUCGUUUAUGCAGCAUGCGGCAACAACAGCAACAUCGACACCGUUAACAACAACGUCCAGCACGCCAGAGUCGGCAUCCGCCUCGGGACUCGUCUGGGCCGUCACAGACAUUUCGAGUGUGCCAAUUGGCAGCGUCCUCAUUGAUCCGCAAACCCUCCAACCAAUUCUCAAUGCAGACGGCUCCAUUUACCACUACGACCCGUCCAACUUGCCGCCCAAUCAGGCGCUGCAACAACAGCAUGCGGGCAACAAUGGCGGCAACAACUAUCAAACGAGCGGCAACUCUGGCAAUUAUGCGCCUUAUCGCAAAUCCUCGCCGCAUCAGGCACCACCACCACCACCGCAGCAGCAACAGCAGCAGCAACAACAGCAACAGCAGGUGGUGCAACAGCAGCAGCAGCAGCAGCAACAACAACAGGCAUACAGCAAUGAGUUAUCCUGCAGCUCUACGGAGAGUUAUGCCGAGGAGGUGCAGUCACCUGGCAUGGACUGCUCUGACAGCUACGAUAGCUACAAUGCUGAACAGCAACAGCAACCGAUGCAACAACUGCCACAGCAGCAGCAACAGCCGCUGCUUAGUUUGGAGGCUACUGGCGGCGCCGCCAGCAGCAGCAAGGGCGACGAAUGUGAUAGUCUGUCCAGUGCCACGGCCUGUCUGAGCAUUACGACAUCGACGUCAACCAAGAACUAUGAUCGCAUCGAGGUGCAAAAGUACAAGAAUCAGGCAACCAGUCCCAACAUACCCGCCUGCUGUGCCGGUGACAAGGAACUGGAGGCAGUCGCUCAACUUCAGCAGCAACAGCAACCAUCGCAGCAGCAGCAACAACAGCUACAGUUGCAGGAAAUUGAGCCUGAAACAUUGGUUGUGGCCAACAUUGCAACAUCGCCAGCUGAGUUGCCCAGCAGCCAAACGCCACUGCCGGUCGCGUCGUCGGUGCCCGUGAAUUGUGAUGCCCAAUCGCUGACGCUAUCGCCCAGCACCACGCCCUACAGUCAGUGCGAGGUGAAGACAGUUAGCCAGAGCCAAGCUCAGGUCGUUGCCGAGGAGCCCAAGACGACAACCUGGGCCUAUACGCAAAGCUAUCAGGCACCGGAUGGAUCCACCGUCUUUCAUACAACAACCACGCCCAAUGGCGCGGCGCCAUAUUGCGCCACCACAUAUCAGCAGGGGCCUGAUGGCAGCAUUUAUGCUGUGCCGCAGGGCAUGGUGUUUGCGGCGUAUCCGCAGCCAACUGUUAGCAGCGCUCCGUCACAGCCGAUCUUCCAGCUGACGGGCAGCAGUCAGCCAACGCAGACGAUAUUCGCCUCGCAGGAUGGUAGCGAAAUGCCCGGCACCUACAUGAUACCUGUCUUCGAUCCGGCCCAGCAGCAGCGCGAUGGCCUGAUACCCGCCCAGGCCAUUUACCAGACGCCGGCUGGACCCGCCACCGCUGUAAUGCCGAUGGCCACUGCCACCUAUCCGGCGGCGCAAUUUGCUGCCGCCGCGCCCAACGGUGCGCCCAUCUAUCAAGGGCCGCUCAUCUACUCCGGCGAUCCGUCUGGCGCCCAGCUGCAACAGCUGCCAAUGGCCACGUAUCCGAUUAGCUAUCCGUAUCAUUACUAUCCCAUACCGUACUAUGUGCCGCAGCAAGCAGUUACCGCAGCCCCAAUGGUGACCACCACAGCCUCUGGUCAGCCGCCCACUGGACCAGUCCAGUCACAUGCCCAAGCUCAGGCGCAGGCUCAAGCGCAGGCCCAGGCUGCCGCUCAGCUAAAUCUCGCAACUGCCUCGGCGGCUGGUCCGUCAACGGUAGCUGGCGUUGGCCAGCAGCAGCAGCAGUCCAGCAAUGGACAUCUCGUCACUAGCAACCACAGCAACAGUGGCGGAGGCGGUUCUGGCGGUGGUGGUGGCGGCGGCUAUAUGGGUAGUGCGCGUGUCAAGCGUACACCUGGCGGUGGCUCCAUACACUACAAUCCCAGCUAUCCGUCAACGGCGCCGGGACACCCCACUGCCGCCCAUCAUCCAGGCGUACCUGGCUCUGCCCAGCUGAUUGGCGCACCCAGCGGCGCCGGCACAACGACAUAUCAUGCGCUGCCCACGCUGACAUUGGCGCAUGGCGGUGCGGGGCCCAAUACAGAUCUCAAUGCAGCAGCCGCCGCUGCUGCUGCUGCAGCCGCUGCCGGUGCACAUGUGUAUGCGCUGCCGGCUCAGCAUGCGACAGCACUGAUACCGACCAACCUGUUCCCGUACGCAGCCGCAGCGGGUCAACCGGGUGCACAGCAGGCGGGACCGCACAAUGCCCUGCUCCAGCAACAGUCGCAGCAACAGCAACAGCAGCAGCAACUACAGCCGCCACCAGCUGCGCAUUCGGCGCCACAUCAUGCUCUGAUAACGGCUGCACCGUUCUAUCCGGCAGCCAGUGGUGGAUCAAUGGAUUUAGCAGCGGCUGCAUCACAAUCGGCGCCCGCAACGCCAGCGGCGCCGGGAAGACAGGCGCCGCUAUUUAGCACGCCCCCGGCUCCGAAUAACGGGGGGAGUGGCAACAGCAGCAUAGGUGCAUCCGGAGGUGGCUAUCACAGCAAUAGUUCAACGCCGCACUACUAUCACAGCCAGAGCAGCAACGAGAGCGGCUAUGUGCCCUACGAGAAGCGCAACAAUGCAAGCGUCGGUGGUGGUGGUGGUGGUGGUGGUGGUGGUGCACCCACUGGUCGCAAACCCUAUCAUCCCGGCGGUGGUUACAAUCCACGUCACUCAGCGCCGCUGGGCGGCAUGCAGUCCGGCGCCAAGACGCCGCUGCUGAACUCCAACAAUGAGCCCACGCCACGCGCCUCACCGAGCAGCAUUACACUGGGUCCGUCGACGUCGUCGAGCUAUCAUCACAAUGCUGCCCAUCGUGGACCGCCGCAUGCGCUGAGCAAGCGCGAUAAUAAGCCCACACAGUUGCCGCUGAUUAGUGGGCCACCGCCCAGCUAUAUCACGUCCAGCAGCAGUCCAGCUGGUGGCGGUGCCGGUACCGGCUAUGAGUCGAAGCCGCCAAUGCGCCUGAAUGCGGCCGCCGCCAGCUUCCGCAGCCAGAAGUCGAUUAGUGCGGACUUUCGUCGCAGUGUCUCGCAACGCAAUUCGCCCAGCACCAAUGGAGCUGGCAAUGGCAGCGGCAACAGCAGCCACGAGAGCAGCAACAAUUCGCCCAACAGUAUUGUAGGCGGCAUCGGUGGUACUGGUAGCGGUGGUGGUGGUGGUGGCAGCAGUAAUAAUAAUAGUGCCGCCAAUACGCCAAAUGCCAGCGCUUCGGCUGCCGGCAUGGGCACCCAGUAUAUUGUGGUGGAUCCUUCGACGGGCGCCGCUAUGAACGCCUCGCCGCCAUCUCUCUACUUGAGCGGUGGCAGCAAUGCUGGCGGCAGCGGUGGUGGACCGCGUGCUUCGCACAUUCCAGCCCAGCUGCAUCACAGCGCUGCAGCGGCGGCGGCGGCAGCAGCAGCAGCAGCGGCAGCCGGUGCUGGUGGCCAGCAGGCGACAGCGGUGCUCAGCAGCGUCGCUGCACUCGGUGGCUACAAUCCCAACGCUGCGUCCGGUGUCUACAUCAAGUAUGGUCAGACAUACUUUGCGCAUCCAUCGGUGGCCUUGCCGAACAGUCGACGUUCGCCCUCGAACGAUAUCCGGCCGCAAAUGGCACAGGUUGCCGGCAUGUAUCCCGCCACAAUGAUGAUACAAGCACCUCCACGUCAUCCAAGUCGUCAUCCAAAUCCAAACUACAAGGGUUCGCGUCCGCGGUAAAUCUUCCGCCCCAUCGAACAACUGGCGAACGGACGGUCACACAAAAAAAAAAAUAAAAAGCUAACAAAAAAAAAAAAUAAAAUAAAAACAAAAAAACUACAUACACAUAACGGCAUACCUAAGAUAAAUAUAAAUAGCAACCUAAUCUAGUGGAACAUAAUGUAGUUGACAAAAGAAAAAAAAACAAAACAAAAAUAUGAAGAUGAAGAUGAAAAUAAGAGUGAAGAAUGAAUUAGACACGAUGGUAACUGAGAAGCGAGUACAGAGCAUAGAAGCAAAUAAAAGCCGCAGAGAGUUGUUGGGCGUUAAUGGUAGCAGCAGAUACAGAAGCAUUAAAACAGCAGCAGCAGCACAGAGGAGACUGAGCGGGAUGGGGGCAGCUAACGGGACUGCAGGCUAAACAGGCGCGUUAGGCAAACAAAGUGUGAAACAAUUGUUAAUCUUCCGCAAAAAAAACAAAAACAAAAACACUACAAAAACAAAAAUAAAAAACAGUCAGAGAAAAAUCAACUUAGCGUCUAGCCGUAGUUAAGAUUUAUCAAUUGUAGCUACAACAACAACAACAACAGCAGCAAGAACAAAAACAACAACCAGUAAAUAUAACAACAACAACAAAAACAACAAGAAAAUGCUGUAUAUUUUGUGCCAUUAAAAAAUAGUCUUAAUCAAAUCAUAUACAAAACGAGUACCGAAGAAGCAAUAAUUGAGCACAACGACUGCGAACUAGACUAGAACCGGAAAGGACAACACAGGACGGGACGGGACGGAUCGCAACUAAACGGAACGAAACGGAACGAAACGGAACGAAACAGAACCGGACAGUAAAACUCACAUCAAAAUCGUUAACUAAACUAUAAGAAUUAUAUUAAACUAUAUGCGGCUUUAGUUCUGCUGUAUGCGAACAAUCGGAGCGCAGGAGUUGCCUACGCUUACAGACUGACGGGGAACAGUAGAAGAAAGCCAUAUGCCCAUAUUACACUCAGAUAUAUAUAUAUAUAUAUGUCCGAUUGAAGAGUUACAUAUUAUUAGCCUCAGAUUUAUAGCUUCUGUCACCCCCAAAAAAUGUUUUGCUGCUAUAAAAUGAAAGGAACAAAUGUAUUAUAUCGAUUAAUGUUGUCUUGCUUUGGUGUGUUUAAUUGAAUGCGUUUUAAUUAUGUUAGAAAUCUCAACCAAAAGUAUAGCAAAACUCCAAUUUAUUUUGAAACCAACACACCCGACACUGGCCCACUGCCAGUAGACAGACGGACAGACAGAGUGAGAGACUGUUGUGUGGGCGUGGCUUGUACUAUAUAUACAUAUUUUGUAUUGCAAAAUUUGUUAUUUGUACAGCUUUUCAAGUUAAUCUCGAAUCGGAAACUCUCGGAAUAAAUGGAACAUCAAAAUCAAUCAAGUUUUCAUUUUAAGUCAAAAUUUAUUAAUUAUUUACGACAUUACUUUAUAAAUACUAUGAUGAUAAUUUUGUGAAAUUCGUUAAUUUUUAUUUCCUUAUUAUGUUUAACAAUCUAUAUAUCGAUAUAGAAUUCAUUAUGUUUUCUUUAAUUUCUGUUCCUUACGGCAAAGAAGCUGCACUUUAAUUUUCGUUGUUAAUCAUAAGAGAGGAGUAAUUUUGAAAUAUACAUAGUAAAGAGAAAUUGAGAAUUGAGGAUGAUGAUGAUGAUGAAGAUGAAGAAGAAGAAUAAAUCGACGGUACGUAAGAGCCAAGCAGCUAUACAUUUAUUGUUAAAAAACAAAAACAAAAUAAUUAGCUUAGCGUAUAAAUUACAUAUGUAUAUGUACCAUUUAAUAUAUAGGCCACUGAAAACAACAAGAAAAACAAAAUAAUAAAAAAAAAGAU